ACGAGGAAGUUCAAUAAUUGUCUUUCUACAGACUCUAUAUCUCUUGGAGAUACCUCAUUCAAAAAUCAUAGCCAGCGGCUCUGAGCUUUUAAAUCUGAGAUUCGCUUCCUACAACCGCUUUAUCCUAUCCAAAAUCUAUUGUUCUGAGCCCAUAUCUUGCUCGAACUCACUAUGGCUCCCACUCUUCGCACAGUCGCAACUUUCGAAGAAUUUUGCCUUGUCAUAGAUUGCAUGUGGGAAUCGUAUGCUGAUCCCUAUAACCCGUUUCUGGGUAUCAUUGUCCCGAUCAAAGAACCUACUGCCGAAGGAGUAGCGACUGCAAUCCAGGGGGUCAAGGAAAGAUUCUGGGAAUCUCAUCAAGCGGAUAAGGAUUCUUUUUGGGUGUACAUCGUUGAUGAAGAUGAUAAAGGAGAGGACGCUGGAAAGGUUUUGGCGGCAGCGAAUUGGCUAUUUCAUGAAGUGAGUCCGUUUGGGGAGAAAAAAGAUGAAGAGAGUGGCGAAAGUGAAGGCAAUGAUGGCAAUAAGAAUAAUGAAAUCAGUAAUGGAGAGAAAAAUGAGAAGGAAGACAACAGCCUUGUACUUUUGUGGCCCGAAGGAGAAGCACGUGAAUUUGUAAAGACGGUUCUUUGCCAGGUAUUUGGGAUAAGGGCGAAAAGGAUGACAAGACCCCACGCUCAACUCUCCAUGAUGUUUACCCUCCCCGACCACCGUGGUCGUGGUUACGGAUCUUCACUCAUGGAUUACGGAAUGUCCAAGAUAUCAGAUAUGGAUGUAGAAGCACUUGUGGAGGCCUCUGCUGAGGGAAUAUCUCUGUAUGAGAAAUAUGGUUUCCGAACCAUUCAUAAGGUAAUCGUUGAUACCACUUACAAGAACGGAAAACCAGGGUUUCUUUGGCGUAAGAUGGCACAUGAGUGUAAAGGAAAGACUACUUGGUGGAUGUGGAAACCAAAACCGAGUGACGGAGUACCUGAUACGCCAGGAAUGAAGUUACCGUGGGAGAGAAAGUAAAAAUAUCAUGAGUCGAUAGGUAUAGAAUAUUUUGAUGAGACUAUGUUUGAAAUCUAAGAAGUUUUAAGAGGAAUAGGAUGGCGUAAUUUCAAGGAAUAUAUCAUCUUCUGUCCUCCUUCCUGAAGGAAAGCUUUCCAUGUAGUCUCCAUCUCCUUUGCACAAUAGAAGAAAGCUUGACAUGACAGC